AUGACUGGUCGUCGACGGUUCAACUGCGUCUCCGCGCAACGGGAACUCGAGAUGGGUAGACAGAGCUAUCAGGAAGUCUUGAACGAAAACCGUGGAAGCAUUCUGCCCGAGUAUCACCCGCUUACCAUACAGGUGGAUCGUGUUCUUCAGCGCUUGAUCCCGCAGGCGCCGAUAGAAGGCGCGGACUGGAAGGUCCAUGUCAUAAAGGACGACAGCAUGCUGAACGCCUUUGUUCUUCCUGGUGGAAAAGUGUUUGUCUAUACCGGUAUCUUGCCUAUAUGCAAAGAUGAGGACGGCUUAGCAGCCGUGCUAGGACAUGAGAUUGCCCAUGUGGUGGCCCAUCACCCGGCGGAGCGCAUGAGCAAUAGCUUUAUUACCAUGGGAGCUGCCUUCCUGGUCUCACUGCUGUUUGAUAUCUCUGGCCAACUUCCUUCAUUGCUUAUGAACCUUGCCUAUAGCCUUCCAAACUCACGAACCCAGGAGGCUGAGGCAGAUGAGAUCGGGUUAAUGAUGAUGGCGAAAGCAUGUUUCAACCACGAGGCCGCAGUCGAAUUAUGGGCACGCAUGCAGGAAGCUGAGAAGGGAGCACCACCACAAUUUCUGUCAACGCAUCCCUCGAGUUAUAACCGUAUGGAGGCGAUCCGUGGAUGGUCCAUCAAAGCGGAAGCAGCAUAUGAAGAUAGUGGGUGUCAUGCCAUUGGAGGCUUCAUAGGACGCAAGACCCUGUAUAAUGAAUAUAACGACCAAUUCCCAUCUCCAACCAUUACCGUCUCCAAGCUCUCCUCUUUUGUCAUUAUGUCGUUGUCUAUGCCUGGUCCCUCCCAGGCCGGGCUUUUCAAGCCUGGCUAUCAGAGCCACGAUGCCGAAGAUGGCGCCGUUAUUCGUAACAUCGAAGCCUGCCAGGCUAUCUCGCAGACCGUCCAAACGUCGCUUGGUCCUUAUGGCCGCAACAAGAUCGUCAUCAACCACCUGCAGAAGAUGGUUCUUACUUCCGAUGCCGCUACCAUUCUGCGGGAGCUGGAUGUCGUACAUCCUGCCGCCAAGCUACUUGUCAUGGCCAGUCAGCAGCAGGACGUGGAGAUGGGUGACGGUACCAACCUGGUCAUCAUUCUGGCCGGAGAACUGUUGAAGAAGGCUGAGGAAUUGCUCCGUUUGGGAUUGAAGACAAGCGACAUCGUCCAGGGUUAUGAGAAGGCACAGAACUUUGCCCUCAAGGUGCUAGAAGACCUCGAAGUCGAUCGCCUGAAGGAACUGCGCUCUCAGGAAGAGCUCAGCAAGGCUCUUCGUACAGUCGUCGCUAGCAAGCAGUCCGGAACCGAGGAUAUCUUGGCCGCGUUGGUUGCAGAAGCCGUGCUCGCCGUCCUGCCUAAGAACCCCGUUAAUUUCAACGUCGACAACGUUCGUGUGGUGAAGAUCAUGGGUGGUAGCUUGGAACAGUCUCGUGUGGUGAAGGGAAUGGUCCUUGGCAGAGAACCCGAUGGCACCGUCAAGAAGGCUUCCAAGGCCAAGGUCGGCGUGUUCAGCUGCCCCAUCGACAUCUCUCAAACCGAAACCAAGGGCACUGUGCUGUUGAAGAGCGCGGAUGAGAUGCUCAACUUCACCAAGGGUGAGGAGGAACGCCUCGAGACCGCCAUCAAGGAGCUCUAUGACUCCGGUGUUCGCGUCGUUGUGGCCGGCUCCUCCGUGGGUGACCUGGCCAUGCACUACCUCAACCGCUUCAACAUCCUCGUGAUCAAGAUCCUCUCCAAGUUCGAACUCCGCAGGCUUUGCCGUGUUGUCGGCGCUACUCCCCUUGCCCGUCUGGGAGCCCCUAUGCCCGACGAAAUGGGUAGCAUUGAUGUCGUUGAGACUACCGAAAUCGGCGGUGAUCGUGUGACUGUCUUCCGUCAAGAGGAGGCCAACGCCGUGACCCGCACAGCUACCAUCGUUUUGCGUGGAGCGACACAAAACCACCUGGAUGAUGUCGAACGUGCCAUCGACGAUGGUGUGAACGCGGUCAAGGCCAUCACCAAGGACCCCCGUCUGGUUCCCGGCGCAGGCGCUACUGAAAUCCAGCUCGUGGAGAAGAUUUCUGCAUUCGCCGAUCGGACCCCAGGAUUGCCUCAGCAUGCCAUUCGUAAGUACGCCGAGGCUUUCGAGGUCAUCCCCCGCACCCUUGCGGAGUCUGCUGGUCUCGAUGCCACCGAGGUUCUUUCUCGUCUGUACACAGCCCACCAUCGCACCAGCACUGGUGCCGAAGCUUCGUCAGAAGAGGAGUCGGGGAGCUCUGAGGAAGAGGAGCCAUACUGGACCACCGGUGUUGAUCUGGAAUCGUCUACCUCGGCCGGUACUCUGGACACCGUUGAGGAGGGUAUUCUCGACCUGUUGGCUUCCAAGAGCUGGGCUAUUCGCCUGGCCAGUGAGUCCGCGCGGACAGUCCUCAGUGUCGACCAGAUCAUCGUUGCCCGUCAAGCCGGUGGUCCCAAGCCGCCAGGCCCCAACGCCAACUGGGAUGAGGAUUAA